UUCACCAGUCAAAGAAUGUGUAAUGAUAACAAGGUAAUGAACGAUUAUGGGAGAUCAUCGAUCAAUUUGGAAUUAUUGACUGUUAAUAAAACUCUGAAAGCAACAUGGCCAAACUGCCCAAGAUCAAUAUUGUGAAUGCCACUAAAACGCAUACUGCUAGUUUAUUUCUUUUUCAUGGAUCAGGAGCUACCGGAACUAAUUUCAAGGAAUGGAUUGAUAUUUUGAACAGGCAGGAAUUAAAGUUCCCACACAUAAAAAUUAUUUAUCCUACUGCACCUUUGCAACCCUAUGUACCUCUCAAUGGGAUGCAUAGUCAUGUAUGGUUUAAUCGUCAAAGUAUAUCUAUAGAUGCACAAGAAGACACGGAAUCAAUAAACUCAAUAUGCACAACUAUAACAGAACUUAUUGAUAAGGAAAUUUCUGAUGGUAUUCCAGAUAACAGAAUCGUUCUUGCUGGAUUUUCAAUGGGAGGAGCCUUAUCAAUAUAUUUAUCAUACAGGUACAAAUUAUCUUUAGCUGGAUGUUGCGUCAUGUCCAGCUUCCUUAAUAAAAAUUCAUUUGUGUAUGAGCACUUGAAAAACAACCUAGGAAUACAUACUCCACCUCUUCUGCAAUUUCAUGGUAUUGCAGACAACUUGGUUCCAAUAAAAUGGGGAGAGGACUCUCGUGACAAUCUAAAAGAACUUGGAGUGAAUGUUCAAUUUGUACCAUUGGACCACACAGAUCAUGAAUUAACCAGAACUGAGAUACAAUCCUUCAAAGAAUGGCUUUUGAACAUUUUGCCAGAGAAAAUUUCUGACAGUAAACUAUAAAGAAUUUAUAGUAUUGUAAACUGUAUAGAC